AGUGUCCUGCAAAACUUCUUGUCUGAGACCUUUCGAUAUUUUAUAAAACAGGAUGAGAAUGAACUCAGGGAACCAAAAAGGAAGAUGGCAACUAAUCGUCUGUAUCAUGAUGCCGAUUCUGAUACCUGUAAUGGUAUAUUUUACUGUAGAGAGGGAUGAAAUACAAAUACUUAAGAGGAGCACAGAUAAUAUAUCAAACAGCAUAAUAUCCAAAGUUCGUCUGGUCAAUGGAAAGCACCGAUGUGAAGGUCUUGUAGAAGUCCAGUAUAAUGGUUCCUGGGGAACAGUAUGUGAUGAUGACUGGGAUAUUGUGGAUGCUACUGUGGUAUGCCGAGAACUCAAGUGUGGCCAUGCUGUUGCAAUAUUACAGAGAUCAGUCUUUGGGCAAGGUCGUGGGCCUAUUCUGCUGGACAAUGUAGACUGCAAGGGUACUGAGUCUUCACUAACUGAAUGUGCGUCACAUGGCUGGGGAAUCCAUAAUUGCUACCACAAUGAGGACGUGGCCAUUACAUGUAAUGAUAUGACCAUCACAGCAGGUAGCCGUGAAUCUGUCACACAUACCACUACUACUGCACAAAGAAAUGGACAAGGUGGGGGAAACAUUCGUUUGGUGAAUGGAGCCAAUCCAUGUGAGGGAAGAGUGGAGAUCCUUUACAAAGAGAACUGGGGAACUGUCUGUGAUGAUGACUGGGGAUUAAAAGAUGCCCAAGUUGUCUGCCAACAACUUGGCUGUGGCAAUGCAGUUGAUUUCAGAGUCAAUGCUUUUUAUGGCUAUGGAACUGGGCGCAUUCUUUUAGACAAUGUCAACUGUGCUGGCAAUGAACCAUACCUUUCUGCUUGCCCUAGCCUUGGCUGGGGAAUACACAACUGUGGGCACCAUGAAGAUGCUGGCGUUGUAUGCACAGGACAAGGACUCACUACUGCCACAGUGGAUUAUUCUUUGCCACAGAACAAUGACAGUCAUUUUCAUACUGAUAGAGCUACAGUUUUAGCUUUUAAACGUGAUAUUGUCACAGAAGUGAGAACAUCUACAACCACUGCUGCACCUAUUCGGAAGCAAAAUGGCAACAUACGUCUUGUGAAUGGCAACAGCAGCUGUCAAGGCCGAGUGGAACUGUUCUACAACAACAUGUGGGGGACAGUGUGUGAUGAUGACUGGGAUAUGACAAAUGCAGAAGUGGUGUGCCAGCAGGUUGGAUGUGGCAAAGCAAUAUCUGCAACAGUGCUGAGCUAUUUUGGAUAUGGCUCUGGCAAAAUAUGGCUGGAUAACGUAGAUUGUGAAGGGUGGGAAACUGAUUUAGGAGACUGCUUCAACCUGGGCUGGGGCGUAAACAACUGCGGUCAUCAUGAAGAUGCAGGUGUUAUAUGCAAAGGCCCCGAAAAACUCUAUACCAGUUACUCACCUGAGACGUCAAGGAUUCCAGGUCCUUGACCAGGGGAUGGUGCAUUGCGGCUUGUGAAUGGGAGUCAUAGGUGUGAAGGUCGACUGGAGGUCUACUACAACCAUCAGUGGGGAACAGUAUGUGAUGAUGCUUGGGAUUUGAAAGAUGCCAAAGUGGUUUGCAGACAGCUUGGUUGUGGCAAUGCUUUGGAAGUGAAGGAAGAGGCCUUUUAUGGAAGAGGCAGUGGAAUUAUUUUACUUGACAAUUUAAAGUGCAUAGGGAAUGAGACUUCCCUCCUUCUGUGUUCACAUAUCCGUUGGGAUGUCCAUAACUGUGAUCAUUCAGAGGAUGCAGGAGUAAAGUGUGCUCUUUUGUGAACAGUUUUGACCAAGCAGCCUCUGCUUUAAGAGGAAACUGGACAUAUGUAAAUGUAUACCUUCUGUAAAUGACAGACAUUUUUGCAAUAUAUUAUUGUGCACUUUAUAUAUGAAGAAUCAGAUGUUUAUUUCCACAUGAUUUUCAUAUUUCCUUUAUAAAUAUGUAUUACAUAUAGUUUUGUUUUACUAAUAGAAAUAACUUAUAAAAGCAAAAUUGUAUGUACAUUCAUCAGAUUUAGUGUUUCACAGUAAUGGAACUAUAUAAAUGAGGUGUCUUUUACAUAAACACAUAGAAAUGUGAAUGUAAUAUAUGUAGGUACUCACCAGUCUUGUAAUGCCUUAUACCUU